CCCAGCCAGUGGGCGGGGCCAGUGACUCACCUGUCGGCUGCUGUUGCUGCGGGGCCUCUCUCCUGGCUGCCUCCUCGGGGGCUCCCUGCCUUGGCGCCGCCGGGAGGAUGAUGUCUUCCCCUUCCUCCUCUUGCGGCCGCCAGAGCGUGCAGGUGCCGGACGACGCGGACUUCGCCGCCUUCCGGCGGGAGUGCCAGGCCGAGGCCGGCUGGAGCCUGACCCACAGCAAGGCCGGCCUCCUCGUCUGGGUCCAGCACGACGGGCCCGGCCCCGACAACGCCCCGGCCGCGGCCCCCGGGACCCUCCAGCGGAUCAAGUGCAGGAUGGACUGCAAGGAUGUUUCGGCAGAGACCCUCUAUGACGUACUCCAUGAUAUCGAGUACAGGAAAAAGUGGGACACCAACGUCAUUGAGACCUUUGACAUCGGGAAGCUGACUGUCAACGCAGACGUCGGGUACUACUCCUGGAAAUGCCCAAAGCCCCUGAAGAACCGGGACGUGAUCACGCUGCGCUCCUGGCUGCCGAUGGGGGACGACUACAUCAUCAUGAACUACUCGGUCAAGCACCCCAAGUACCCUCCCAGGAAGGACAUGGUGAGGGCCGUCUCCCUCCAGACCGGCUACUUGAUCGAGGGGAAAGGAGCCAAAAGCUGCACCCUCACCUACCUGGCGCAGGUAGACCCCAAAGGCUCUUUGCCAAAAUGGGUGGUGAACAAGUCCUCUCAGUUCCUGGCGCCGAAGGCCAUGAAGAAGAUGUACAAGGCUUGCGUGAAGUAUCCGGAGUGGAAGCAGAAGCACAACCCGCACUUCAAGCCCUGGCUCUUUCCGGAGCAGAACGCGCUGCCCAGCCUGGCGCUCUCAGACCUGGCCAUCCAACACGCCGACUCCCUGGAGAACAUCGACGAGAGCAGCCUCUCUGAGACCAAGGACGACCGGGCCGACGGCAGCGACGAAGACAGCGUCAACUGACCGCUUCGUGACGCCCGGGGCCCCGGCUGACCCUCUGCUGCAUUCGCCCACCUGGGCUUCUUCUUUGUCUGUGUAACUUGCCGUUUGUCUUUUCAAAACAACAAUGAGAAAGAGAGAGAAGAAGGUGCUGCCUUCCCUUGGUGUCAUUCGCACGCAGAGCCUGGGCAGGCGGAUCCCUCCAAACCCAAAGUCACAGGGCUAGUUUCUGGUGGAGAGGGAAACCUUCAGCUGGCUAGAUUUUAUAAAUAAAGGUACCGCUGUAAGGCUCUCUUCCUCAAG